AUGUCUACCGAAUACGAAGGUCUUACUGCACAAGAAGUAGCAGAGUUUCGUGAAGCCUUUGCGCUAUUUGACAAAGAUGGUGACAACACCAUCACCACCAAAGAGCUUGAUACAGUUAUGCGCUCUCUAGGACAAAAUCCUACCGAAGCGGAGCUCCAGGAAAUGAUCAACGAGCUUGACGCAGACGGUAAUGGCACGGUCGAGUUUGACGAACUCAUGACAAUGAUGACGUCGAAAAUGAAGGAUAUUGAUUUUGAAGAAGAGAGAGUUGAAGCAUUCCGUAUGUUUGAUAAAAACGGAGACGGAUUUAUUACUUCAGCUGAGCUCAAGGUAGUCAUGGGCAACAUUGGCGAAAAGCUGACGGAUGAAGAGAUUGAAGAGAUGAUUCACGAGGCUGAUGAAGACAAGGAUGGUCAAGUCAGCUACCAAGAGUUUGUUAAAAUCAUUGCAAGUAUUUAA